AAAAAGGCGGGUACAGACGCUAUCCACAUUGGCGGCCAUUUUGCCGAAGUUUACAUGGUCUGUGUUUGUUUUGAAGCUCCGAUUUCCAAUUAAUCGUUGAAGAUGGCAAGCAAAACUGGGACGCCGACGAAAACUACGAAAAGGACGGUCACUACGACAACUUAUUCUCAACGGUCAUCAGGAGAUGAGACUCCUUCUACAAGCUCUGCCUCUCCGGGCCGGCGCGGCGUGCGAUCUCCCUCACCGGCGAGGUUGACCCGUCAAAACGAAAAAGACCAACUGCAAAAUCUUAACGAUCGCUUGGCAACAUAUAUAGACAGGGUUAGAUAUCUGGAAAAUGAAAACAGUAGACUGACAGUUCAGAUCAAAUCCGUUGAAGAGACUGUGAACAGAGAUAGAUCGAAUAUAAAGGCUGUUUUCCAGACUGAGCUUGACGAUGCUAGACGACUUUUGGAUGAGACUGCAAAAGAGAAAGCACGUUUGCAGAUCGAAGUAGGAAAGUACAAAGAGGAAUCAGAAGACUGGAAACUCAAAUAUCACAAAAAGGACAGAGAACUGAGAGAUGCUCAAAAUCAAAAUACAGCCCUCCUCAAAGAAAAUGCUGACCUGGAAAACCGAGCAACAAAUGCGGAGAACCAGAGGAAGCAGUUGGAGAAAGAGUGUAAUAAACUUCGGAGUGAUUUGGCUGCACUGGAGAGACAGUUGGCAACGGCCAAGAAACAGCUAGAGGAUGAAACCUUACUGCGUGUUGAUCUUCAAAACCGUAUCCAGAGUCUCAAAGAGGACCUAUCCUUCAAAACUCAGGUGUACGAACAGGAGUUGAAUGAGACCCGUGUAAGAACAACACAAGAAAUUGAGGAAGUGGAUUCGUCUGUACGCAUAGACUACGAGGCCAAGCUGCAGGAAGCACUCCAGAGUUUGCGAGAGGAACAGGAUAUUCAGUUACAAGAGGUUCGCCUCGAGGUUGAAAGUCUCUACGAGAGAAAGAUUGGUGAUGUGCAGUCAGCUCUGGACAGGAGCAUGAGCAGCUCAAAUGUAUCGUCAAAAGAUCUGAUGUCAACUCGUAAACAGUUGGAUGAAAUGUCAGCUGAAGUCACAAAGCUUCGGUCACAGAAUGCGGCAUAUGAGGCACGUAUUUCUAACCUGGAGGCCCAGCUAGCUCGUGACCAGGAGGAAUUCCUUAAUCGUAUCGCUCAGAAAGACCAGGAUAUCAAUGAUCUACGUAUCAGCCUUGAUGAACAGACACGAGAGUAUGCCGACCUUCUGGACAUCAAGAUUAAACUGGACAAUGAAAUCAUGGCUUACAGGAAACUGCUGGAAGGAGAGGAAGAAAGACUGAACUUGUCACAGACAUCCUCCACCUCCGAGUCGACCCCUGGGCGGUCUGUAGCACGUGGUGCCAAGCGUAAGCGUGUGACACUCUCUGAUUCUGUUGAGGCAAUCAGUGAGUCUUCAUCUAAUGAAGGUUUUGCUACAAAAUCUUCAGCCAGUGGCCAUGUAGAAAUUAAAGAAACAGACGGGGAAGGAAAAUUCAUCACAAUUUCAAACACUUCAGACGAGGAUAUAGCUAUUGGAAGUUGGCAGCUUAAACACAAUGCUGGAAAAGACGGUGAAAAAUCUACCCACUACAAGUUUCACAGGAGUCUUCUCCUCCGGGCAAACCAGACCUGUACAGUGUGGAGUUCUGGUUUGGGUAAGACACAUAGCCCACCCUCCGACCUGGUGAUGAAAACUCAGGAGUGGGUUACCGACGGUGAUAUGAAAACCGUCCUCAUAAACAGUGAUGGAGAGGAGGUAGCCUCUAGAGAAAUGUCUAAGACACUUGCUCGAACCACAUUGUCCUACCGCACCAGCCGAGGAUUUGAUGAUGUUGAUGCAGCCCGUGGAAAUGAUCGAUGCUCCAUCAUGUAAAACAAGUAUGGAAAAAAAAGGAGUCAGAAGUGUUUUGUGUGACAUGAUAGGAGAUGUAUAGAGCAGAGCUCCCUGGUUUACUUCCUACAAGAUACUUCUAAAUUGCUGAUGAUGUUCGGUAUAGAAUGGUGUUGAAUCUCUUCCAACAUAGUUGUGUCCUGCCAUUGUUUUUUCGUGGGAACCAGACAUUCAGAUAUAUAUAUACAACAUUUAUAUACAAGUUUAUGAUUUAAAUGCACUCAGGAGAAGUUACUUUGAGGCAUUUUGUUAAAAUUUAAUACAAGAAUAUCUUGUUAACAUGUCUAAUUUAUUGUCUUAGAUCAUUUCAAAUUUAUUAACUGUCAGAUUAUGUGCUUGUGAUUUGAUAAAUCAUUGUUAUUUUUUCUUUUGUCUAUUGAAUACCAUUUAAAUGUGAUCAAUAGAUAUCUUCAAACUAUUUGGUUUUGCAGACUUAAGUGCUGUUCAGUUAAAAAUUAAGUUUAAAAAAACUCCAUUUGUGAUUGGUCUAGAUUUUGUGAAAAAAAAGAGAACAUUAACGCAUGUUGCUGUGUAUAUUGUGUGAUAACAUUUUACUUUAUUUUUUUCAUCAUUUUGUACCAAAUCAUCUGAAAGCUAAUCAUUGUGGAUGUUAGAUUCAUAAAAAUGCCAUUGUAAACGUGUUGUGAUCAAAUUCUUGUGUUGGUGAUGAAUGUUUACCAUUGGUAUGGUACAGCAUUUGCUGCCUUUUCUACCUCAGACAUGCAGAGGCAAGGUUAGAUAGCAGGAAUCCUGGCAAUUUAAUAGAUGUCUCACUUCUGAGCGAAGACAUGUACCAACCAACUUAACUCCUUUUAAACUCCUUUUACACUGCCAUAUAGUAAUCCAUUUGGUCUGUAAUCCAUCGUCAUUAUUGAAAGUAUUAAACAACAUUUUUAAAUGUUUGCAAGUUCUCAAUUGUAAAGGUGAUAUAUAUAUCCCAGUGAGGUCUUGUUUUCUUAGAAAAUGUCUGCAAACAUUUUGCAUCAAAUUGAUGUAAAUAUUUGUGGUAAAGGUAGGAAACUUUCCAUUCUAUAUCACUGGUCAUCACAAGCAAUAAUAAUACGGUAUUAAGGUCAUUUGCUUAUAUUUGCUUACAAAUGAGGCAGCUUAAAACGGUGUAUAUAUUGUAUGGUUAUAACUAUUAAUAGAUCAUACUCCAAAUAUUGAAUAAAAAUGUACCAAGUCAGUCUUCACACAAUACCAAAUCACUUGGCUGUUUCUAGUAAUCUGAGUUUGAUAGUGUUGGAACAAUUACCAUGAAUACUUCCUUUAGAUUAAAGGUAUUUACAAUAUAUAAAGCUUGUACUGUUUAUGAUAGAAGCUUGUUAUUGUUUUGUUGAUCCAUGUUAAUGGAUUCCUGCCUUGUUGGUGUUGUUAAUGUCCGGUUGUGGUUUAGUCUUGUAAGAUUUCUACGUGAUGUCUAUUAUUUACAUUUAUUGUCCCACAUUCUAUUGAUGUACAAUGAAUUCAUGAUAUUGGUUUGUCAAAGCUGUUCUCGCUGGGAUUUUGGUAAUAUGAGUCAAUCUUAAGUGGCGAUUUCGUAUAUAGCCCUAUUUUUUUUAUCUUCCAUGCUGGUAUACACUGUUAAACACAGGAAAAUAGACAAAAAUUUUUGAAACAUUUCAACCAGAAUGGCACCAUUAAUCUGGAAAACUUAUUUUCUGGAAAUGUUUCAUGAAGGGUAAGGUACCUACAGAUAGGCUGAAGUAUUUGCGGGUAAAUGUUUGAUAACAAAAGUGUCGCCUUGUCCCAAUAUAAUGCUUGGGAACACUCCCUGCUUUUGUUUCAGUAAUGAGAAAUAUUUCUAGUGAGCAGCUUUGACAAUAUUGCACUUCCUCUUUUUACACUAGUCACUUUAGUGGUACUUGGCAAUGAUGAUCUGUGUAUACUAAUGUUAGGACACAGCCAGAUAAAUUGAUCCCAAGUUAAUGAAACCACACUAUACUCGUCAUCAUUGUCAAUUAUUAACUCCGAAAUACUUGCCUAAUAUGUUACGCACUAAUUAAUAAAUAUAUACAUGUAAACUUUAUACAAAUGUUUUAAUUAUAAAGUAAUAUACUAUACUCCUACAUGUAAGCCUAAUGUGCUCUAAAACAUUUCAUUUACUAGUAUGCUAAUAAAACCCCAACAUUAUUUACUAUUAGAAACUUCACAUUUUAAACUUAAAACUAGGUUCGAAUUUGAUUUUAAAAAGUUACUUUCUUAAUGAGUUCAAAACUAUAUAUCAUUUUGUUGGUAUGGUAACGAAACUAUAUAUCAUUUUGUUGGUACAGUAAAGAUGGUAUAUUAGAAGUAAAUGUUCUGGAAAUAAUUUAGGUUUACAUUGAAUUUGUCAUAAUAUUUUUGUCUUUGUAGAAUUUUUUUUUUUAAUAAUACAUGACAUGAUAUACUGGUGCAUCAGCUGUUAACCUUUUUCCUCCCAUAACCCUGGUUGUAGUAGCGUUUUUGUUUAUCAUUGUUUAGUUUUUACUUACUAUGCUCAACAUGGUAUUAUGAUAUAGAUUCAUACUGGGGUUUUUUAGGGUGCAAUCGUAUUUUAAUUUGUAGUUGUGUUGCUUCAUAUAUCCAAUAUAAGGGGCCAGGUGUACUAGUACACCUGGGUGUCCCACUUUCGUCAUCUCGUUCAAUGAUUUUCCAGAAUUCAUGUACUACACUAUACCAGUGUAUAUGAAUACUAGCCCCUGUAGACUGGCAUUCAUCUAACCGUGAACUGUAAUGGCCUUGUAGUGAAAGUUUGUGUGAUAUUCAUGUUUAGUAACCUUUAGAAAUAUACACAUAAUAUAUAUAUAUAUAUAUAUCAACAUCAACAGCUUUUUUACAGAGAAAGGGAAAAUGCUUUUAUGAUUUAGUUCGGUAUAAUUCACAAAUUUCAUCCUUCACUACAAUUUAGAUUAGCACACUUAUGUGCUUGACUUAUUAUUUCUUGAGUAGAGAAAUAAAUGAUUGUGAGGUAUAAUUGUCAGUUGAUCCACCAAAACCUUCAAACUUGUUCUCAUUUUAGAUAUAAUCUUUAUGAUUUCUAUCUAAUUUACAUAUCUACAUUUAAUUUCGACCACAAACCAAGUGAUAUUGAAAGUAAUGUCUUUCGUGGCUGGAUGUUAUAUCUUGGUAAAAACAAUGUACUACAAAUGAAUCAUAAGUGAUUUUCACUUCCUUUCAAUGAAAAAAAAAUUAAUAAAAAUAUAAUUGUUUUUGGUA